GAUCAAUAAUUCGCAAAGACCCAAGCGUAGUCCACUUUAGUCAUCCACAUCCAUUGGAAUUCACCACAGAAUUAAACAAUAAUAACAAUGUAACAUGCUUUGGGUGCAAGCUAAGUUUUAUGAAUGCUGAAUCCUACUACCAUUGCAAACCCUGCAACUUCUCACUCCACUAUGCAUGCUUCAAGAUGCCACUCAUAACAAAGCAUCCAUCCCAUUCCAAACACGACCUAGUCCUCAUCGUCAUACCAUCCUCACCGGCCACCAGAGCAACCCUAAGAUGCGCCGCGUGCGGCCACCACGUCACCGGAUUCACCUACCACUGCGCCGAAUGCAGCAGCGUAUUCUUCCACGCCUUCUGCCUGGCGCUGCCGCUGUCCGUGGCCAUCUCGCCGCACCCUCACAGAAUGGAGCUCGAGUUCAUGCCUCCCUAUGACUUCUUCUGUGACUUGUGCACCAAGUCAACCUACAACAUUGGUUGGCUCUACAGAUGCAGGAUGUGUGAGUUCGACUCCCACAUCGCCUGCGCUGUUCAGAACAUCGAACCGCAGUCGGUUGAGCAUCCUUCUUUCACUCAGGCCAACGCUUUGAUGACGCAGUUCACCGCCCACCACGGCGGCGGCAUGGUGUAUGAGAUCAUGCGUUUGGUUGCCACGCAGAUCCAACAAGGAAAAGUUGUUGGCAGUCCAAGUCCAUCACGAGGUCGUGAUUUCAGAGCGUAUUUGGAAGAAAGAACACCGUUGAGAGAUAAAUCCACGCCGAGUCGCCAAUUCAGCGAGGCAUAUUUUUCGAUAGAUUUGAACGCGAAGAAAGACGGUGAUAAUCAGAAAAGUAAUAAGAAUAAUCUAAGCGUUGUUGCAGAGAGGAGCGAAGGGGAUAAGAGUGUUAAGUUGAACUCAGCAGUUUUUGAAGAACUUGGUGAAGCAAAUCAUAAAGUGGUGAUGGUAACGAAUCAAAACUCUAAGCAAAGAUUAUUAUUGCCCACUCCUAAAACCAAUAAUAAACCUUCACACUCGGGAAGAGAUAGCGGCUCAUCUGGUUGGAAGAAGUUCCUGUCAUGUUGCCUUUAAUAAUUAUUAAUUAGCACAGCCAUGUGGAUAUAUAUACAUAUAUACAGUAAGGUUUUUGAAGCACAUAGAUAUAAAAUGAAAAUAAUUGCACACUUCACUAUGUUCAUAAUAUC